AUGGCUGGAUCAUCUUCAUCAAAGCCCGGCGUCCUAAUGCUCGGACUUGUUCAUCAUGCGAAAGCAGAGUUUGAGAAACUCUCCGAUGUUGCAGAUGUUACGCAAGUGACAUCUGGUUCGCGUGACGAAUUCAUCCGCGAUUGCGACAACGGCAAAUACGACCACGUUGUCGCCAUUUCGAGAACAUACGACUCGGUAGCGAUCACGGGAAGAUUUGAUAGCGAACUCGUUUCUCACCUCCCCUCGUCAAUCAGGUUCAUCUCUCACAACGGCGCGGGCUACGACCAAAUCGAUAUCCAGCCGUGCACGGAGAAGAAUAUCUCUGUAUCAAAUACUCCCAAAGCUGUCGAUGCUGCCACCGCAAAUACGGCCAUCUUUCUCAUCCUUGGCGCAUUACGCCGUGCCUGGAUUCCUCAGCUCGCCCUCCGAGAGGGCAAGUGGCGAGGUGCGAGCCCUCUCGGUCGCGAUCCCCAUACACUGACGCUCGGCAUUCUGGGCAUGGGCGGCAUUGGAACUGCUACGGCUAAGCGUGCCGCCGCUCUUGGGUUCAAAUUGCAAUACCAUAACAGGAGACCUGUGGAUAACCUAGACAAGCAUUUUACUCCUCAAGAGCUUCCCAAAUACGUAACCUUCCAAGAACUGCUUCAGACUAGCGAUGUCAUUUCAGUUCAUCUACCGUUGGGACCGGCUACUCAGGGCUUGAUCGGCAAGAAUGAGUUCAGCUUGAUGAAGGAUGGCGUAAUCAUUGUAAACACGGCUAGAGGUGCUAUCAUUGAUGAAGAGGCUCUAGCAACGAGCCUUGAGUCCGGCAAGGUUUGGAGCGUUGGCUUGGACGUUUACGAAAAGGAGCCUCAGAUCAACCCGAAGCUAAUCAGCCAUCCCGGUGCUGUCUUGCUUCCUCACAUUGGUACUGCGACUGUUGAUACCCAGAAAGAAAUGGAGGUUCUAGUGAUUGACAACGUCAAAAGCGCGAUCACCAAAGGAAAAUUCCUUACAUUGGUCCCGGAACAGAAGCCUGUAUUGGCGAAAGUAUAA